AUAUUUCACGGUUAAAAAUGGGGACAAAGAAGAAGGAGAAUUUCAUAAAAGAGAUAAAUGAUGUGGAUGAAUGGAAUACACUAUGUCAACUCCAGGGAGGAUUAACUGUAGUUGAUAUCUACUCUGAAUGGGCUGGUCCAUGUAAUGCAAUGGUUGCUUCUCUAAAAAAGAUAAAACUUGAGGUUGGAGAUGACUCCUUGAAUUAUGCUAUGGCCAGGGUAGAUACUAUCCCAGCAUUACAGAUGUUUAGAGAGCACUGUAUGCCAACUUGGUUAUUCAUUGCUUCAGGAGAACCGGUCGCUGUAGUGCACGGCUCCAACGCGUCUUUAUUAAAGACGAUGAUUGCCGAACACAUGGAACGAGAGAGGAAAAUUGCAGCAGGAUCCGAAUAUAGGAAAUCAAUAGAACUUAGGAAAGCAGUGCCAUUAAAAAAGUUUCUGAGUAUAGAUCUGGAAGAUGGUGAAAAAAAGCCGGAGAAAGUAAGAACGGAUCCAGAAAAAUGUUCUCCGGGAGAACUUCAGAGUUUUGUCCUGGUUCUCCUCAACCACGGAGCCAGGACGGAUCUGAACGUUUUUAACAGAAUUAAAGAAAUAUUUCAAGACGAAGGAAUAUUAUUUACUGAAGAACUAGUUCUGGAGUUCCGACAUGAGGAUUUCUUGGAUUACGAAUUACCAGAAGCAGAGUGUGAUGCUCUAGCUGGAGAAAAAUAUUGUUUAUUAAAACUAAGGAAAAAUACCUCCAAGGCUAACCAAGAUUCUCCCUUGGAGGAAAUUAUUGCCAAUAUCCCAGAUCUGACGAAUAUAUAUUUUAAACCUGAGAACGUAAUCUUGAGAAUUGUCUCUGGGUUGCUGGAAGCUCCGCAUCAGCUGAUCGUGUUUAUUAGCUCGGAGAACUGGAACAGUAUUAGCACCAGAGCAGAGCAAAACAACAUAAUCGUCCUUGCUCGCAGACGAAGAGCUGGGGAUACCUGGGACCUGGAGAUUGAAGAUGAAAAGGUUUCAAGUAAGCUAGAGAUAUCGGAGAUUAUCCUGCUCCUGGCAGGACGAGAACAGGAUCUUGUUCAUCUUCAGAACAUGGAACAACAAAACCAAACCGUCGUUAACAAGGCGGAAAAUUCAGACGAUCCGAUCGACACCGAUCAUUUAGAUAUUCCGGAAAUCCCGGAAAAUGUUUCUGAAAUCCCUAUUAGAGAAACUCAAAUCAAUGAUUUAAUGAACCCUUCGGAAAAUUCAAAGAAUCUCAGGAAUGUUUCAAAAGAUUCAGAGAUCGAAGAUUUAUCGGGGCAGGUUUCUAAUGAUGUUCUUGAGAACCUGAAUGAUAGGCAAAAUGACAAAAUUUCUGAAAAAGAUAUUGGAGCUUCUGAAGAGAAUACGGAUACACCAGAAGCCGAUGAUACAGACAAAACUAUGGAGGUUGACGUAUCUGACGCUGAAAAUGAAAACCAGAAUUCCAGUUUAGAUUAUUCACUAAUUCUUUAUUCUAUUCUAGCUCCGCCUUUAGAUAUGAUAAACUUAAUCUUUCCUGAACUGUAUUAGUAAUAAAAGAUUAGGAGUUCAAUAAUACA